AUGGCAGACCCUGCCGCCGCCGCACUGGUCGCCGACCUCCCGCCUCUUCCUCGCCGCACACGACUCGGCACCCUGUACGCCUCGCCCAUCGUCCAGGUCGUCCUCAUCUCGCUCGUCUGCUUCUGCACGCCCGGCAUGUUCAACGCCCUCAGCGGCGUCGGCGGCGGCGGGCAGGUCGACCCCAAGGCCGCCAACGACGGCUCCAUCGCCUUGUACGCGUGCUUCUCGGUCGUCGGCUUCUUCUCGGGCUCCAUCAUCAACCGCAUCGGCGCGAGGCUUGCCUUCUCGCUCGGCGCGAGCGGCUAUGCCCUGUACAUGGGCGCGCUCCUCAACUACAACAUUCGCGCGACCAACGGCUUUGUCGUCGCAGCUGGCGCAAUCUUGGGCUGCUGCGCCGGCCUGCUCUGGACGGCGCAGGGCAGCCUCGUCCUCGCCUACGCGACCGAGGACCAAAAGGGCCGCCUCUUCUCGGUCUUCUGGAUCGUGUUCAACAUGGGCGGCGCCAUCGGCAGCGCCAUCGAGACGGGCCUGUCGUGGAACUCGACGAGCAACACCGUCUCGAACGCCGUCUACAUCGUCUUCCUCGUGAUUGGGGCAGUCGGUGCCCUCAUCCCGCUCCUCCUCGUCAAUCCGGCCACGAUCGUCAGGAGCGACGGCACGAGGGUCAUCCCGCCCAUCCACCCGACCUGGAAGACCGAGUUCCUCGGCAUGUGGCACCUCCUCAAGAAGGAGACGAUCGUACUCAUGCUCUUCCCGCUUUUCUUCUGCUCAAAUUUCAUGUACACCUGGGAGCAGAACUCGUUCAACGGCGCACUCGGCACGCUGCGAGCUCGCUCCCUCAACUCGCUUCUCUUCUGGGUGUCGCAGAUGUUCGGCGCCGCCGUGUUCGGCGUCCUGAUCGACCUCAAGCGCUUCGGCCGCCGCAAUCGCGCCCGCGCCAGCCUCGCCUUCCUCGUUGUCUUCCACAUGGCCAUCUGGGGCGCGUCGUACCACAAGCAGCGUGGCUACUACCGGACGCCUGACGGCGCUUCGGUCCCUCGCAUCGACGUCAAGGACUCGAGCUACGGCGGGUUCGCAGCGCUGUACUUCUUCCAGGGCGUGCUCGACGCCGUGACGCAGAACUGGGCCUACUGGCUCAUGGGCGCCAUCUCCAACUCGCCGGCUCAACUCGCCCGUCUCGUCGGCCUGUACAAGGGCAUUCAAUCGGCCGGUGCCGCUGGCGCGUUCGCCAUGGACUCGGCCCUGACGCCCUACAUGAACGAGCUCGCCGCGACGUGGGCUGUCUGUGCUACAGGCCUCCUCUUCGCGGCGCCAGUCGUCCACUGGCGCAUCAAGGACCACACCGAGGACGAGAUCGUCGUCGUCGCCGAGCCUGUGAUGGGUGGGGACCUUGUGAGCGUGUCGAGCGGCGAGGAGAAGAAGCACGACGAGGCGGUCUGAGCGUCGCUCUCGUUCAUUCUGUACUUUUCGGGUUUGCGAGGACUCUCUUGAGUGUGUAUCGCGCAAUGGACGAUCGACUGCACCUUUC